UUAUCCGUUGGACGGCCAAGGGAUCUUCGUCCAACUCAAAAACUAUAUCUUCCCUCCCCCACCCGCCAAUCCAUCUCGAAUCAGUUCUACAAUCUUCACAACCAUCCUUCAAGACCAACACCUUCUCUCUCUCUCACUCUUCUUCAAUCUCUACUUCUUCACACUCCUUGGAACAAUUUCUCACAGUCCUUACCAAUGGCCGCUAAGAAAUCCUCGGGGACUACCACUAUGCGUCGCUUCAGCCCUACCACGGAGAUCCCUCUCCCCAUCACCUACACUCCCACCACCCACCGCAUCAGCAAGGCAAAGAAGGGGAAGCGUGUGCAUGCUUGCGAAUAUCCUGGAUGCAACAAGGUCUUUACUCGCGCAGAGCACCGCAGACGCCAUGAGUUGAACCACAACCCUGAGGCACUGUUCCGUUGCACGCAUCACAACUGCAAGAAGGCUUUCCACCGUCCUGACCUACUGGCCCGCCACAUGGAGAGACACGAGCUUGAGGCACAGAUGGACAACACGCAAUGGGAAAGACACAGCCGCGCUCCCAUGGUCUCCGAAGCUCACUACGUGCCCAAGUGCGCGCCCAUCGACCCCAGCGCCGGAUCUUACCUCGCUGUCACCCAACAGCCUAACUCCAUGUCUAUUGGCUCCCUCGUGGGCCCGGCGAUUCACCCCGAUUUGGCCGGCGACUGUGGUAUGAUGUGGAAUGGAAUGCCUCUUCACUCCGAGCACCAGACGCCUCUUUUCCCGGGCAACCACAUCCACGAGUCGGUGGAGGACACUCGAUUCUACGGAUCUCCCGAGACCUGCUCUUCUCCCUCGUCGGACGGUGCGACUUUGUCGAUUCCUUCUCACCCCCGAUCGUCUCUCUCCUCGACUCCCGUUGUUGUCGACCCUUACCCCGAGAACAUCAUCGAGUCUGACCUGUCCUCCUCUCCCAUGUCCAUGCACGCCAAUGUGCGAUGCUGGGAUCAGGAUGCCGGUCUGCACUCGUCGAACAUGGUUCCUCUUUCUCUCCACGACAGCCUCGUCCAGCCCCCUCUUCAGUGCCACUACCCAUCUCCCGCAUGGUCGGCACCUCACCACCUUGGAUACGAGGAGCACGCUCUUCCUCCUGUCGCACACUACGCCACCCCCAUGGGCUGGAAACAGUGGGCGAUCUAGAGCCCCCGAAUUCCACCACAAAUUGAAACGCGCAAAGGAAAACCCUGAGACUCUCACC